ACCAAAGAGUUGGAGGAAGGUCACGCGAGGACAGUUUCCGACACAAGAGUUACAGCACUAGUCCUCGGUGGAAUCAAGGGGUCAUUAAAGAAUCAUCCCUUGAAGAUCAAAUCAAUACAAAGCACUGAACAGCAGGUCACACCUCUAGCAUCUGAUACCUACCAUGUCAAUAGCAAUGUUCGCAAGGACUUCUUUAGUUAUCCAAACAUUGAUGCACCCUUUGGGCCACACUCUGGAGAAAUAUCUCAAGCUCAUACUUUUGCUGAGUACCAUGAAACUAAACAGAAACGAAAAGAGGCCAUCGAGAGUCUGGUUUUGGAUGUCCAUCAAAUUCCUUUUACUAAACUUGAUACUGAACCAGUUGUACCAGAGGAAAUGUGCAGACCAUCGAAUCCUAAUUCCUCUGCACUGCCAGCUGAUAACAAUGUGGAGUCUACUUUCCCAAUGAACAGAACCAGAACAACUUCUGCUGGUGAUACAUGUACAACUCCAAAAAGCAUAUUGAAAAAUGACGUAGCUACUUUCAAUCCUGGACAUGAUAGUGACAAUGAAGAUCAGUAUGCAGCAAAAAUUUCGAGUGUUUCUCUAAAGCACGUCUAUCCCAGACAAGGGAAAGCACUUGGAUUUAACACAUGUAAGAGUAAUAACCCUGUUUUCCCAAAAUGUUCAGAGCAAACGUUUAGCCAGUUGGAACCAAUCAAACCACCUCUAAGGGUCAUUCGAAAGCUGGGUCAUGUUAACCACGUUUAUGUCCCGGAUCGAAUGUCAAUUGAAGGAAGAUCAAUCAGAUUCAUGUGUCAUCCAACCUCAAAUUAACAUUAAGGGACAUGCCAAUGCUAUAAGCACUGAAUCACAAAUAUUUUAUACCAAAGUUCCAAUGGAAACAAAAAUAGUUUGUGACGAGAAUACUGGUCUGACUUCUGGUCAGAAUUAUUUUGCAAAAUUAAUUCCUGAAGUUAAAGAAUGACAGUCACAAGAUGAAAUGUCAAGGUUAUCAGAUACACAUUUCUUUCAGCCAGUACAAGACGGUAGUUCUACAGAUAAUAAAACAAACAUUGCUACAACUUCUGAUCAAUCAGCUGAAUUUUCAGAAGAAAGAACCGACUAACAAAGAAUAUGAAGCUGUUAUGCAUACAUCAGAACCUAAUUCUAAUAUGAUUAGAGAUGCUACUGAAAAGCAUGAUUCUAUACCUGCUGCCAAGCAUUCUUGCUUUGUGACUACAUCCAGAGAAAGUAACAUAUCAAUCUCAGAUUCUGACUUGUCAUUUUCUGCAUCUGAAUAUGCCUCACCGUCUAUCUCAAGGUACCCCUAUUAUUCAUAUAAUGCGGGUCUAAAUCUACUGCCCAGUCCAGAUUUCACACCAAUGGUCAUCCCAGCACUGGCAACAAAUCUCCAGCCCUUCCCUCUUCCAACACAAGGAAAUGACAGUUUUGUUCAGAGGUGUAUGCCAAUGGGAGUGCAGGAAACUAGCAGUGUUGAUAUUGAGAAGGAAAAUACAAAGCGAAAAUCUUCUAGUGGGAAAAAAAGAAGUUUAGUUUCUUUUGUCCGGGGGCGGCGCUCUGACAAAAUGAAGGGAAAAUUAGGAGAAGAGAAACCUAUUCGAAGUGUUUCACUGAAUCGUUCUAGUGGCAGCUCUAGACGUGAGCGCUUGAGAACUCUUCAGACUCAAAGAAGUAAAGAAGUUUGAUUAGAACACAAGAGACAAAUGCUUUCUUAUUGCAUUUUAUUUUUAAUGCUAAUAUUUUAUUGA